CUCGUUCAAAACAGUCACGAAGCAAGCUGCUGCUGUACUUGCUAGCAAUUGCGGACAUUCCGACAAGCUUGAUAUUCAGCCCAUACAAGACAAUUUCUCCUUUCCACAAUGGCAGAAGGGGAGGAUGUGGAAUGGGAGCUCUGCAAGGAGAAUAUUCAACCUCUGAGACGUGGGAGAAACAUGUCAGCCUUGCUACAGGCACUCAAUCAAAACAAAGAUGGCCUGAGCCCUGCCAUCCUCCAACAGAAACAGGCUUUUGAGUCUGAAUUGCGGCUGUACGAUGGAGACGAUCCGCUUGAUGUUUGGGACCGGUACAUCAAAUGGUCGGAGCAAAUGUUUCCUCAGGGAGGAAAAGAGAGCAACCUGAGCACACUGUUGGAGCAAGCCGUGACGCGAUACACUGACGAGAAGAAAUAUCACGACGAUCCUCGCUACAUUGACCUUUGGAUCAAAUACGCGGGGCAUUGCUUGGAGCGCUUGGACAUUUAUAGGUACAUGAAAGCCCAGGGAAUAGGGACCACUAGGGCGUCCUUCUACAUCGCCUGGGCCGAGGAGCUCGAGAACCACGGUGACUUCCUCAAAGCCGACUUGAUCUUCCAAGAAGGACUCAAGAUGUUUGCCCAGCCUCUUGACAGGCUACAGCAGUUCCACAAGUUGUUGCAGGCUCGCGUGUCCCAGCAAGCAAUGAAGAAAGUCGAUGAUGGUGACAGUGACGACGAGCCCAAACAAACUGACAGAGUUUCUCUUGCUGAGCUCAAAACACGAGGGAAGAAGGCCGCCGUACCUAUUGUCAGAACGGGACCUGCAAUAAAAAGUGUCUCAAGGGGCCUGAGUUUACGUGCCGCUCCCAUCGGAGAAAGCAGCAGUCACAGCAGCAACAGUAGACUGCUGAUCUUUGAUGAGAACAAGGCAAGCGCCGGUCCUUCUGAACCGAAAUUUGACCAUUGGUUGGCUCCCCCUACUGCAAGGGCAAAGGAAAAUGAGAGAGGGGCAGACAAAUGGUGUGACGUCAAGAUGCGCCAGAAGUCCAAAUUUGGAAACACACUGACGGUUCUGCUUCCUCCGAAACCCACUUUCCAACCAUUUGUUGACGAGUUGGUUGAGACUCCAAAAAUGACGCCGUGCAAGAUCAUCCCGACAGUGAAUAACAUUUUGUCGGCACGCAAGCCCUGCAAAGACGACACUCCUCUGAAAAAGCUGCUGGAGAACCAACAUCAACAGAAAGAAGACGAAUCGGGCAAAGAGCUAGAAAAGAGCAUGUACUGUAAAGAGCUGCUCUUCAGCGGCACCACCGAAUGCAGCUUAGAGGAACUACGUGCUGAGCUGUACUUCAAGAAGAAGAAUUCGCAGAUGGGCAGCUGCACUGACAAUCCACCGAAUGGCCCUGAGAAGAAAUAACGAGGCAAGCAUGGUCAUUGUAUACUCGCCAGAAGUACCUUUCAAAAUGUGAAGACAUCCAGUACAUCAAAAUCCACCAUACUAGUUACUAAUCUAGUGAAAAGAAAUAACUUGACUGAAUAUUAAUAUUUUCAUACAAUAUCAUCAGAAUAUUGUUAUCAUAUCAUUGAUCCUCCAGAAAGGACCACGUUAAUACAAUGGACACCCGUAUAUGCGCAGUUCGGCUCCCGCAGAUACAGCUGUCACAGAUUCCCCCCAAUUUCAAUUUCUUUUUUUUUUUUUCUUUUUUUUUGGGGGGGCGGGGGGAACAAACCAACCUUUUUUACCCUUAUUUAGGUUACAUUGUCAAAUUGAACAAACCAUUAGAAAAAGCCCAAUAUUAUUUAAUAUUAGAGUGUAAUUGAAACUACUCUACAGUAUAUCCUUGCUCUGUUUCUAAGCCACUCCUUUGUCCAAUACUAAAUUGUCCCUACAUACUUUCUGUUCUUUAUAUGUGUUAUUUCAUAACAGUUGCAGUGUAAGAAAAGUUCUCUUCAUCCUCAAUAAAACUGUUAAGUGACAA